GAUAGAGAGUUCGUGGAGCUCGAAGUACCAUAUAAUGGUCAAUCAAAAAGGCCAUGUUCACCGUCUCCCUUACUGAGCCCUAGCCAUUCGGCAUUAAGCAGGGUGAACUUCUUAAGCUCUUGCUGUACAAGAUGCUGUAAUCAACGGUAUCAGAAGCAUAAGCGAGAGAGCUCGCCGGACUCGAUAGGCGAACCCGUCAACGAAGAAGAGCUGGUCGAGGUGCAAAUGAAGCAACGUCACCCGACAAACGCUGCAGCCGGCGGCGGCGGCAAGUCGAGCAACUCGCUGGACUACAACAGUUGCGAAAUGCCGUCCGCGUCUGGCGGCCACAAGUCGUCGUCGGCCGCGGCGUCGACCGCGGCGUCGCCGUCGUCAGCGGCCGCCUCGGCGGCCGCGAUCACGGCGGUGGCCGGAAGCAGCACCGGUGCCGGAGACGACGCGGGCCGGACGGGAUGCAACAAUCCCAACUCGAGCACGUCGUCCGUGGUGGUCAACCUGCCCGCGUCCUAUCCCAACUCGGAGUUGGAAUACGGGUCGGCCUCGUACCCGCCGUCGCCGUCGUUGUCCUCCAACAACGACAAGCCGCAAGUACGCAUCACGUUCCUCUAGCCGCCGCGGAGGCUGCCGUCCGUCUCCGAAUGUUACAAUAUAAUUAUUAUUAUUUUAAAUUAUCGCUAUUAUUAUUGCUACGGUUAAUAUCGUUAUUAUUAUUAUUAUUAUUAUUAUUGUUAUUAAAUACUAUUAUCGUUGUUCCGUUUCGUUUACGCAGUCGUUUCGCGAGUUCGUCGUCGUUCGUUCGCUAUAAAAUAUUACCGGCACUGCACACGUCUGUCGCGUGUCGACGCGAACGUUAUCGUUACGUUAUCACACACGCGAAACGAUGCACACGAACACGGAGUUAUACGACCGAUCGCCGUACACCGUACUCCGACCACCCGUAUCCGACGGAGCCCUGACCGCCCAAAUCCCCGCGUCUCCCCGCCGAAAAGUUUUUCCGCCACGCGACCGACGAAUAACGAACCCCCGUCUCUGCCCACCGAGGUGAGCUCAGUGCUCGGCUACGCGGACGGAGCGACGGUACAGUGGUGAUGGUGGAAACGUGGGGUGGGAACGUUUUUGUCGUUUUCGAUCGAAACGUCCGGGGAUACGCGCGCGUACAACAACAACACGGGAACUCCGGCGGCUGGUUGCGUAACGGUCGCCGCCGUUAAGGGACGUCUAGCGUAUGCCAUCAGUGCAACCGUACGUCAAUACGCGCGACACGCGACACGUACAGUGCGACUAGUCUCCACCGGCGGCACCGGUCCGUCUCGCACGAUGAAUUGAUCAGUGGUGGAUCCAUGGGGGGGGGGGGUUAAAACCCCUAAAAUCAGCAACAAUUUAUAUUAAAAAUCAAUAAUUUAUAUUUUUAU